CUGGAUCCUCCGGAGCUCCAUCAGAGAGACGCCGUGGAUCAGUGACUGCAGGCGGGCGUGGACACAAGCGAACAACCCAGCGCACGGAUCAACGCGGUGGAGGAGGAGGACCAGGAGAAGAGGAAAGAGAGAGGAGAGGCGGCAAACAUUUCGGAUUAGCUGCAGUCAGCUAUGAACAUCCACACCGAGAAGCAGAAAGUGUAAACGGAGCUCUCUCUCUCACACCAUUAACGCGUCGAGGAUGAACGGGACCGCAGCGGCCACCGGAUCGGCUUCCUGCCGUUUCGCCCACUAUUUUGUUGUGUGCGGAGUGGACACUGAGACGGGCCUGGAGCCGGACGAUGGAGCAGGCGAGGCCUUUGAGCAGAGCCCCAUUCGACGGUCCUUCAAGUCAAAGGUUCUGGUGCACUACCCUGAAAGCACAGACAGGAACCCCUUCAAUAAAGAUGCUGUCAACAUGCUCUGUAUGCCGAGAGGUCUUUCUUUCCGCACGCAAGCAGACCGGCUCGAUCCCCAGUUUCACUCGUUCACGAUGUCUUUUGACGAUGGCACUCGUUCCUACGGCUUUGUCCACACCUUCUACGAGGAAGUGACUAGCGCUCAGAUCAUCACUGCCAUGCAUACUCUCUGCCAGAUGCACCACGUAGAGCAUCAUUCAGCUUCCUCUGCCUCCUCUCCCUCUUCAUCGUCUUCGUCUGCUUCCUCGCCGUCCACCUCCAGCAUGGACUCACUUGUGAGCAGCUUGGAUGAGUCAGACGCCGAGUCUCUGGCCGGGGUGUCCGCCUGCCUCGGCUGUGCAGGCUCCUUUGAUCCAGCACGAGACACUCUGUACGUGUCUAAAGCCCUCUGCCUCUUCACGCCGCUCCCCUUCCUUCAAGCUGCCCGACAGUUUCUGUCUCAGCUGCACCAGGCUGUGACAUCGCACACCCCUCCACCCCUCCCUCUGGAGAGCUACAUCCAUAACAUCCUGUACGAGGUGCCCCUGCCUCCCCCUGGUAGGUCGCUGAGGUUCCAUGGAGUGCAGGGACCCAUCAUUUGCCAGCGCCCUGGGCCCGGUGAGCUUCCACUGGGGGAGUAUCCUCUUGGAGAGGCCUUCUCCCUCCUGGGUGUCGACAAUAUGGUGCAACUACUUACCUGUGCACUUCUGGAGACGCAAGUCCUGCUUUGCUCUCAAGACUAUCAGCGUUUGAUGACAGUGGCAGAGGGCAUCACCACUUUGCUCUUCCCAUUCCAGUGGCAACACAUCUACCUGCCCAUUGUUUCUGCUCCGUUACAUCACCUCCUGGAUGCUCCCAUGCCGUUCCUGAUAGGUAUCCAGCGCAGAGAAGGAGCUCAGCGAUCAUCCUUCCACCUUCCUCAUGAGGCCAACCUGUGCUUUGUGGACAUUGACAACCACUGUGUCGAGGCCCCCGAGGACCUUCCCGUGUUUCCAGACCAGAUCGAGCUGAUCCAGGAACUGAGUGAGGUACUGCUGCGUUUUGGGCUCCCUCCUCAGGGCGGUGCGAUCACUAAGCCCACAACCACCUCCCCUCGCCUGAACAGCCUGGUGCUGGAGGAUCUGAUGGAGGACAGAAGGAACGGGAACCUCGGAGGCGAGGAGUUGGCGGUGCUGGAGAGGCUGCAGGCUCUGGCACGGAGGUGUGGAGGAGGAAAAAUGUCAGAUGGAGGGAAGACGCUGGGCCACGUUUUUGAGGAGGAGGAGGAAGAGCUGAAGGCUGCGAAGCUAAACAUUCAGCUAAGGGAGGUGUUUGCUGGACGUUUUGCUGCCAUGUUUGGCAGGUAUGAGGACUUUGUCAUCCACAGUGCUCUUGAUUUGGACUCCUGGCUGAGCAACCGAGAGGGGACGUUCAGCUUUGACAAGGGUUCCUUCCUCUCAGUUCAGCCUGCGACCCACUUGCACUUCUUGUCCCGGUUCCUGGAGACUUCCAUGUUUUCUUCUUUUGUGGACGGGAAGGUCAUAUCUCGCUGGGCGGAUAGAGAGCCACUGCAGCAGCUGUUUGAUAGCCGUCUGGAGAGAGAUCGACUAUAUGACACAGACGAAGAGGACUCCCGUACUCCCUGCCGCUACAGGAAAUGCACCUCACUCUUUGAGUCAGCUCAGGCCAUUGAGCGCAGGUUGCUGAAGGCUGACCACACAGCCAUACACCCCCACCUGCUGGACAUGAGGAUCGGCCAGGGUCGUCACCAGCAGGGCUACUUCCCCAAGCUGCAGGCUGAUGUGCUCGCACAGGGACAAAACACCAACAAGUGGUCCAGUCGGGUUACAGCUUCACGCAGGACCGACCCCAAGAGAUCAACAGUGACCGAACACUCAGGAGUGGACAAUGACCAGAGACAGAAGCACACAUUUGCAAGGAAGAACCUCCGCCAGUCUAAGCUGCUUGACUCAUCGCCUCAAGCCGUCACUCAGACUCACCGAGAGUUCGUUGACGGGCUGCUGAGCGAGUGUCGUCUGAAGACCAAACGGAUGUUGAUGGAGAGGAUGGGGAAGGAGAGUGUGGAACUGGGUCAGGGAGAAGCCAACAUCACAGGCCUGCAGGAGAACACACUCAUCCACGGUCUGUGUGACCUACUGGAGAGAACCUGGGGCCAUGGUCUGCAGCUGAAACAGGGGAAGUCCGCUCUUUGGUCCCAUCUGCUUCACUACCAGGCGGCCCAGGGGAAGACAGAGACACCAACUGAGUCUCCAGGGUCUAACGGUUCAGAUCAGAGAUCAUUUGAUGAUGGCGCUCUGCUCCUGAGAGGAUCCUUAAUACAGGAUAUGAGGUUUAUCCAGACUAUGAAUGAGGGUCUGUCUGAGGUGGGUCAGGCUCGGGCAUGGAUCCACCUGGCUCUGGAGAAGAAAAUGCUGUCCCAACACCUGAAAGAGCUUCUUACAAACCAGGAGCUGCUCAGGCAGCUGUACAAACCACAUGCAUUCCUGCUCUGUGAGGAAGAAAGGGAGCAGUUUUUGUUCCACCUGCUCUCUCUCAACACUGUGGACUACCUCUGCUUCACACGCGUCUUCACCUCCAUCAAUAUUCCAUACCGUGUUGUUAUCAUACCCAUGAAGAAGCUGAGCAUUGCAAUGGCGACAGUUAACCCUUGGGUGUGUGUGUCGGGAGAACUGGGUGAUUCAGGGGUUAGACAGAUAUCAAAGAACACGCAGGAGAUUUUUUUCCAGUGCAAGAACCUGGGCAGACUGAGCACUCUGCAGCUGGGCCAGGAGAACUCUGGCUUACUGGCCAAGUGUCUGAUAGACUGUGUGAUGGUGUAUAAUGAGAUCACUGGACACACCUACAAGUUCCCAUGCGGCCGAUGGCUGGGGAAAGGUGUGGGCGAUGGCAGCUUGGAAAGAGUUCUCAUUGGUCAGCUGGUGUCACCUGGUGGGGAGGAGGAUGCUGGAAGGUGGACAGGGACGCCUCCGGAGCUGGCCUCUCCUUCCCAGAGUGUGCGGACAGUCCUGGGAUCGCUUGGCAGCCGAAGCAGAAUGCUGUCUGUUGAAGUGCAAGAGGACAUGAGGGAGGCGGCGAAUAACCUUGUGAAACACUUCCACAAACCCGAACAAGAGAGGGGAAACUUGACAGUGUUGUUGUGCGGUGAAGGAGGCCUGGUGCUUUCCUUAGAGAAGUUCCUCUUGCACGGGUUUAAAUCGAACCGUCUCUUCCAGAGGAACGUGUUUGUUUGGGACUUUGUUGAGGUGACGGACACCUGGAUGCUUGGCAGCGACAGGGACCGCCUUCUCUCUCAGUGGCUCCCCCUGCUGGCCGACGUUCCCCUGACAGCACGGACUUACGAGGAAGGCGCUCUCCUGCGGGACCGUGCCGCUGUGCACUCUCUCUCCCGCAUCCUACACACACUCAAUGAUUUCACCGUCACCCUGGAGACUGCACUGGUGAAAGGAGUUGACCUCUGACCCUGCCAGGGGAUCACAGAUGCUUUUAGUAACCCACUGCAGGAAUGCUGAUGGGUUCAUAUGUUCAUCUUUUCAUCUGCGGGAAACAGGACACUUGAGAAAUGUGACUUUAUCAUGAAACAGGACAGUGGACUCAGAUGAAAGUCACUGGCAACUCGAGCUCCAAACAUAAUGCCUUGUUCACUGAUGUAAAUGUCUUAUAUACUGUAUUUGCUCCAGGAAAUAGUCCGUUUUUUUCCUAUGCUUGUUUACACUGUGAAAUUCUGUUUCCCCAAGGAGAAAUAGAGUCAUUCAUAAUCCCACAUCUACAGUAGAUAUUUUCACAGCUCCACGUCAUUUACUGUACCCGACCAUAGGGAAGGACUAUAACCCUCCUACAACUGCUGUAUUGCUUGCACUUGACUUUUAAACUAAGCACAUGCAUGGCCAAAAUCUGUUUGGUUUGUUUUACGUCUUCAGUGUGUUGUGAUCUGAAAUACCAGGACUCAGGCCUUUAUUAUAUAUAAACUUCAUUUUUUUUUCAUUCAUCGGAUAUCUUGGUAAAUAUACUCUAUAAUACAAAAUGUUAUAUUAUUAUGCUCUUGUUAUUUCUUGCCUGUUUCUCUUUGUUUAUUUCGAUUCAGGGUCACACGCUGCAGAGUCGAGCUUGUGAGUCUUCAGUUGGGGAAACAUUGAAAACCAAACUGGUGUGUCCUAAUUGUGUCAGUUCAAAUAGUCUUCGUCACUUUGUCAGAAACCUUUUUUGUUCCCCCUCCUCCCUCUUUCAUUGUAAAUAUUUUUGCUUCAUUAGAUAUUUGAUAGAAUUGUACCCAUUUGUUAUUAUGGUGUAAUGAAUUUGUGGUAUUUUUUUUCUGUAUAAAGGCGUCUUUUCUGUGUGUGUGUGUGUGUGUGUGUGUGUGUGUGUGUGUGUGU